CGCUCUCUUCUAUUUCUCACUCUCUCUACAACACUUUCUCUUGCUACCUACCUGUCCCGGACCCCUCCUCCAGCCGCGUCCCCUGAUAACCAAACCACUGGUUCGUGCCAAGCUCCCGGGGCGGGUCGCUGGACGUUUUCCUUGCAGACCCGGCUGACCGGAGAGCUUCUCCGCCUCAAGGCCCAAAGGGCGCCCCGGAUCCAAAGACGCCCCUGUGAGCCGCCCGGCCGCGGAGGAGGCGCUGCGCGUGCCCAGGGCCAGGCGGCGGCCGCCGGCGCCCGCAUCCGCCCCGCGCCGCUCGGGGCCGGGCAGCCCGCUGGGUCCCCACCCGGGCCGAGGGCGCGUGGGUCUCGGUGCGCCGCACGCCGCCGGGCAGCGCGGGGACACGGCGGCAUGGCGGCGCCUCCGCAGCAGGAGCAGGAUGACCCCAUCCAUUCCUGUGCUCCAAACUGGCUGCCUCUCUCCUCGGCAACAGCCCCCGGGGACCUAGAGUAAAGGGUCAUUGAAAGAGGGCGACUAAGGGAGAGUGAAGAUUGGACUUCAGGCCUUUGGCUGGACUGCCGGGGUUCCCAUACUUGAGUGUGCAUCAGCAUCACCCUGGGGCCCUUUAAAAGACAGAUUAAUGGGCUCUGCCCCUAGGCUUUCUGAUCUCUCACACAAAACUUUCUGCGGAUGAUGAGUGGAAUCUGCAGCAGGAGAGGAUGUACAAGAUGCACCGGGGCCAUGAGUCCAUGCACGUGGAGAUGAUCCUGAUCUUCCUCUGCACCCUGGUCAUCGCCCAGGUAGUGCUGGUGCAGUGGAGACAGAGGCACGGCCGGUCCUACAAUCUGGUGACCUUGUUGCAGAUGUGGGUCGUCCCUUUGUAUUUCACAAUAAAGCUUUACUGGUGGCGGUUUCUAUCCAUGUGGGGAAUGUUCUCAGUUGUCACCAGUUAUAUCCUCUUCAGAGCGACCCGAAAACCCCUGUCAGGGAGAACACCACGAUUGGUCUACAAAUGGUUUCUUCUAAUCUAUAAACUCAGCUAUGCGUUCGGCGUUGUGGGUUACUUGGCUAUCAUGUUUACAAUGUGUGGAUUCAACUUAUUUUUCAAAAUCAAAGCUAGAGAUUCCAUGGAUUUUGGCAUUGUAUCCUUGUUCUAUGGCCUCUACUAUGGAGUAAUGGGGAGAGACUUUGCCGAGAUCUGCUCGGAUUACAUGGCUUCUACUAUCGGGUUCUACAGCGUCAGCGGGAUGCCCACGAGGAGCUUGGCUGACGACAUCUGCGCCGUCUGUGGGCAGAGGAUCAUCGUGGAGCUUGAUGAAGAGGGGCUCAUUGAGAACACCUACCAGCUGUCGUGUAAUCACGUCUUUCAUGAAUUCUGCAUCCGAGGUUGGUGUAUUGUUGGUAAGAAGCAGACCUGCCCUUACUGCAAAGAGAAGGUCGACUUGAAGAGGAUGAUCAGUAACCCCUGGGAACGCACGCAUUUUUUGUAUGGACAAAUCCUGGAUUGGCUUCGAUAUUUGGUGGCCUGGCAACCUGUGGUCAUAGGAGUAGUUCAAGGCAUUAACUAUUCACUAGGACUGGAAUAGUGCAGCGGACUUACCCCAGCAGCAGUGUACUGCUUGGCUGAAAUAUUUUAAAAUCCUUGAUACUGCAUUUAAUAUUGAUACUCCUUUUUAAUUUUAGAGAUGACCCCAAAAGUUCAGAAAACUAAAUAAAAUUUGGCAUCACCCUUAAAGCAAUUUAUCUCUGUGCAGAGAAUUAAAGAGAAGCUUAAUGGUGGAACAAAUGAAGUGUGCUUUCACAUCUUCCCUAUUAUAAUUGUUUUCUAGAAACCCAUGCAUGCGACACAUUGGUUACACCCUGCCUGUGGUUGAUAUCAGUCUCACCUGUAAAGUGUUUCAGAUGUUUGCAAAGUACUUGUCACAUAGAGCAUGGAGUUAGAAUCAGUGCCAUCUCAUCAGUUCAGUGUCUUCAAAUAAGCUAGUUAUCUGUGGCUUAGGGAUUCUGUCUUCUCUGCUGUGUGCUUGUCCCAUGUGGCAGCUCUGCACCCACAGAGCACUUACAGAAGGCACGACUCCCAAAGCUGGCGUACCUGCUGCCACGCUUCCCCAGUGGGCCACAGCUGCCCUGGGAUCCUCGGGGCUGCCAAAUGCCCUGAACCACCCAAGCGUUGCUCUACAGGGGAAAGAGUCACUCGGCUUCAGUGUUACUCUCUGCGUGCUCGCCCACACACACGUGUGCACAUACACAAGGACACUGGUGUUAGCUUAUGUGUUCCUGUGACCAAAAUAUCUGACACAAACAACCUGGCAUAACUAAGGUCUAUUGUGACUUGCAGUCUCAGAGGUUUCAGUCCAUGGUUGGCUGGCUCCAUUGCUUUGGACCCGACAUGAGGCAGAAUACAUGGUAGAAGGGCACGGCCUGGUACUCAUCUUACGGAAAUUAGGAAUCAGAGAGAAAGAGAGGAAGGAGCCAGAGACAAGAUAUAGUCCUGAUUGGGACACCCCCCAGUGACAUACUUCCCCUAACCAUGCCCCGCCUACCUCCUCUGGCUAGUUCAUUCAAAUUAUUAAUCCACCCAAUGGAUAAUCCACUGAUGAAGUUAGAGGCUUCAUGAUCCAGUCAUUUCCUGAAAGCACCACUUGUGCACAUUACUGCAUGGGGACCACGUCUUCCACACAUGAGCUUUUGGGGGACACACCAAAUCCAAACCCUAGCAGACAGAGGCCAUCAUUCUGUUUCUGUACCCUACUGUUAUUUUUUUUUCAUACCGGAAAUCACAGCAUACUUUUAUUACUUUCUUCUACUCCAUGAAGGCAGAGAAUUUUAUAUGUCUUAUUCCCUAUCAAUUUGACAGGAGAGAACAAAAUUAAUUGAACAUGGAACAACAGUCGGAAAGAAUUAGCCCAAGAAUGACAGGCUGAACUCCCAAAAUUGUUAACAUUACUGUUAUUUGUUAAACAGUCAACAUUGCAUAUAGAACACUAGACACCUACUUCGCAACACUUGAGAACACCUACUCAUGCAUCACUUGCAUGAAGGAGGAAGGAACACAUCAACUGUUAUUUUCCUCAUCCAAAUAUUGGUAGUGUUCUUAGUGUUAUUCAAAGUUCUAUAUUGAUGUGUAUGCAGAAUUAUACUAUUCUACAAUUAUGUAUGAAUAUUCCCAUAAAAAUUUUAAUCCCUCCCCCAAAUUUCAACGCCAUAGAACCGAUUAAAUUAUUGCCUGCUCAUAGAAUGGAGUACUACUCAGCUAUUAAAAAUGAUAGGCUCCUCUCAAAAAACUAGAAACAAAACUUCCAUAUGAUCCAGCAAUCCCACUGGAUUAUAUACCAAUACUGGGUAUAUAGCCAAAGGGAAGAAAAUCAGUAUGUUGAAGAUACUGCACUCCCAUGUUUACUGAAGCACUAUGCAUAAUGGACAAAAUGUGGAAUCAACCAAGGUGUCCAUCAAUGGAUAAAUGGAUAAAGAAAAAGUGAGACAUAUACACAAUGGAAUACUAUUUAGCCACAAAAAUCAAAUUCUGUCCUUUGCAGCAAAAUGAACAGAAUUGAAGAAUAUCAUGUUAAAAGCAAAGUAAGUCAGGAAGAAAAAGAUAAAUACCAUAUGUUCUCACUUAU